UCAAGAAAAAUACACACCCCACUAAAAAAAUCAUAUAUUCAAAACUCACAAAAGUUUCAUUCUACUUUAUCUUGUUAUCAUGCGAAUUUCUUGGUCACCAAACAGCAAGAGCAUGUCACAGAGGAAUGGACAGAAGAACCAUGAGAAACCACGAAAUGCAUGCCAUGUAUGAAUCAUGUUAGAGGAUAUACAAGCAAUAUCUGUGUUGUUUGUUGUGAAAUCUGGCUGUUUGGUAUUUUUUUUACGGAUAUUAAUUAUUCUGAACCGUCCAUUUAUUGUUUUCCACUUUUUUAUUUUUAUUUUCUACUAACCGUUUCUAUCGAAACCAGUGUGGCCAUAACUCUGCGUUUUCUUUCCAGCGGCUUAGUAACUGGAGUUGCAAAUGAUCCAUAAGGCAUAAACCAAGCAUGAGACGAUGCUGUGGAGAAAGUUUUGACUUUUGAGUUUGUUUCGGAGACAUCACAUAUUGUGUAGUGACAAUGCGAUAAUUUUGGCAAGAUGAAAAAUUCAAGAGGACGCAGCAUGAAACAUGCACAUUUAUUUCAUUGUGAAGAUCAAAGAAGUCAAGAACACAAGAAAAUUGUAAGGGACAGACUGGAGGGUAAUUCUAAUAAUACUUUUAGGACAAGGGAGAUUCCAAUAAAGAGGUUGUUCAAUGUAGGGCAUUUUACUAAUGCUUCAGGGGACUUGUCAGGGUAUAGCAAAGGAAAGAACUUUUCUGCAGGAAUGAAUGUCAUGGACUAUGAUAUACCAGAGCUUGUUGUUUUUAUUCAAGAGGACCAUCAGCAGUUUGUCAAGGACAAUUGCAUUGGUAAGGGAGUGUCACCAGAAGGCAAGUGUAUGUCAGAAGAUUGCGCAUUAGAUCAUGAUAUAAUGUCACGUCACUUUGAGAAUGACAUGACAAGCAGAAGAGAUUCAAAUCUAAGAACUAUGGAAGCAAUGUCAAUCAAUUCAAAUGGGCCAGAGUAUGCCUCUAAACCUCUUACCCUUAAGGAUGCAAUGGAAUUUUAUGAUUCAAGAGGUUUAGUGAUGGAUGGUGAAGUGGAUUCAGGAUACAAGAUUUCAAUUGACCACCUCACAAAGAAGACAACACCAGAGACCCUUAGAGAGGCAUUAACAAAGGAAGCAGAAUUUUCAAGAUCUUUCAAGAAUUGGCAAAUAAAUUCAUUUUUGGGUACAAUUGGCAGCAAAGUGGAGUUUCCAAGUUGUUCAGAUUGUGUUCAAAUUGCUGACACAAUCAUGUGUAGAUCUAAGAUGGCAAACUCACACAGUCCAUCUGGUUCGGGCAAAAGACAAGAAAAUGAUCCUCAAGAAACUUGUUCCUGUUCCUGUGCUGUAGGUCGAACACCAUAUGCUGCUCCUGCAACAACAUCUAGCAGUGCCUCUCAUCACUCUAAUGAUAGCAUAAGCAGUACUCAUUCAUUUGCUUUUCCCAUAUUACCUGCAGAAUGGAAUGGAAGUCCCGAGAGAAUGUUGGAAGCUGAUAAAAGUCAAUUGAGAAAAGACCGAUGGCAGAAGAUAAGGGUUUGGUUUCCCUGCUGCAAAGUUGAUUGCUAAAAUUUUGCAGUUUAGCAGAUACUGGCAGUGAAGAUUAUUCAGAAAAAACUAGUAUGCGGUGUUUACUUUGAUGGUGUUAUAAAUAUAGGAUACAUGUGGUCAUAUCAAAUUAUUUUUGGCAUCUCCA